AGUUAUCGCUUUGAAAGACUAAACCUUCCAGAGGAACGACGUUGCAAACACUAGAAGCUCCUGCUGCACGUUCUUAUCACCAAGAUCUUUUCAGUUUUACCGUUGUAUCGAGUAAAGCUUGGAACAACAUGAAAUCUUUCUUACUUAUUCUAGUAUUCAUAGUAGUACCAAGCGCACCAACUCCCGUUCAACAGGAUACUCAAGGAAAACGUCGACAAGAGCAGAAUGUGGACUCCGCGCAUUAUUUUGACAUUGUUCCUGAAGAUAGUGGCGUAUGUAUACGUGUCACUUCAGAGGAGGGUUUGUACCGUUUCGUGUCUGAUGGUUCUGCAUCGAUUUGUGGCCUGUACAUCAUCGCUGAUCCUGAGCAUGUUUUAGAAAUUGAGGUUGAGACUCUAGACAUUAGUUGCUCUGGAGGAGGACUUCUAGCGAUAAUUGACGGCUGGGAGCUAAAUGGACAGUUUUUUCCCGGAGAAGAUCAUCCAAAACCUCUUUCAGAUAGAUUUGUAGAGAUCUGUGGACAUUCAACUUCCUGGAAGCCUUUUCGGACAGAACUCAACGUGGCACUUAUACAGUUCUUGGUCCCAACGCUUGGGGAAGGUUUCUCUGUGUCUGUGAGAUUUUUACAGAAUUUUCAGCCUUGUAACGCAGUCAUUCAGUGGCCAAAGGGAAUCUAUACACUGAGGAACAACGGUCGUGCCAUUAACUGCAGCGUUGCUUUCAUCACGAAACCUGAACGAUUUAGGCUAUUAGCUGCUGAAGUUGGUGGUACUGGAAUGGGCAGACCAAGCGUAAACCUUGAAACUGGAGUCAUAUAUAAGUGUAAAGAGCGUGGCUUUACUGAUUACGUGGAAGUCAAAGGAGGAGGAGGUAUCGAUCCUGAUAAUAUGUUAGAAGCAGUAAAUGUUUGUGGAACCUUUUCUGUGCCAAGCAAGACACCUAUUGACGUGUUGUGCAACAGCUCCGUUAUCCGUCUUGUGUCUAGCGGUCGCUACAAAAACUCUGUUACAGUGAGUUUUGAGAUGCUUACAGAAGAGAAUUUGACCACAGGAAAAUUUUCUCUAGUCUGUGAGAUUGUCUGAAAACAAGGCGCUUCGACUCGAGUUUACUUCGGUGAUGAGUAUCAAGAUUGAAGUUGGUUUCUGUUACGGAGUAAUUCUUUAUGUCAUUGAAGUUUCACGAAUCUCCAUAACUUCCCAAGUCGGUGAAUCGUUUUAAGGGUAAUUAAAAUUGCCGUAAUAAGAAAUAUUACAAACUUUAAAGUUUGGUUAAUAUAUAAUAUAAUGAAUUUCAUUUAGUUCUGUAUACAAUCGUAAUAUGUGAUUGUUUUCAGGUUUUGAAAAUUAGUGAAAUGUACUUAUAUCUGUAAUA